AUGUUGUCGGAGCUCGGCAGCUCGAGUAACGGAUUCGAUAUGAUUUCCGGUAAUCAAAUUGGAAUCUCCGGCGAAUCUAAUGGGUACGACGACGACCUCAGGGCGAUUCCCGGCGGCGCAAUUUUCAGCAACAAACAGAAGGACGACGCCGUUGACCUCCCCGAGAGCGCUAAUAAGAGGACGAGAUCUGAAUUUUCCGAAACUGGGUUUCUGCCCGCCGCCGCCGCGGCGGCGGCGCUGCCGGUGAUGGUGGUGGACUCGCAGGAGGCAGGGGUGAGGCUCGUCCACACUCUGAUGGCGUGCGCGGAGGCCGUCCGGCAGGAGAACAUGAAACUUGCCGACGCGCUGGUGAAGCACGUGGGCGUACUCGCGGUGUCUCAGGUGGGGGCCAUGAGGAAAGUCGCCACCUACUUCGCGGAGGCGCUGGCGCGGCGGAUCUACAAACCCUUAAUCGUCAACCAUCUCUGCCCAUCACCACCACCACUAUCUCUCCUCCGCCGUCCACUGCUACCGUUGCCAGAUUGA